CUGUCGUGUUGUUUGAGGGAACGCUUCAGUAGCACAGAAAGGCGGAUCCUGCAGGCGAGCUCUCCCACCAGGGUGUGGACAGUGAGGGCUUAGUGUCCGUCACACUGUCCUUGUUCGCUUCAGCCAGAGCUGCCGCUUCAACAGGUAGCACUGCAUCACACCCCUGUCCCAGGCCACUCCUGGUAGGGGACGAAGGAUUCCACUAGCCUGAGAAGUCAGAAAGUUUCACAAUGGACGACAUCUUCACUCAGUGCAGAGAGGGUAACGCUGUAGCCGUCCGCCUCUGGCUGGACAACACGGAGAACGACCUUAACCAGGGAGAUGAUCACGGAUUCAGUCCGCUGCACUGGGCGUGUCGGGAGGGCCGCUCCAACGUGGUGGACAUGCUAAUUAUGAGAGGAGCCCGCAUCAAUGUGAUGAACCGAGGAGACGACACACCGCUCCACCUGGCUGCUAGCCACGGACACCGCGACAUUCUGGGCAAGCUAAUCCAGUGCAAAGCAGACACCAAUGCAUCCAACGAACACGGCAACACCCCCCUCCACUACGCCUGCUUCUGGGGCCAUGACUUGGUUGCUGAGGAUCUUGUCAAUAAUGGUGCUCAGGUGAGCAUCUGUAACAAAUAUGGAGAAACACCAAUGGACAAAGCCAAGCCACACCUGCGGGACCAUCUGAAAGAAAUGGCUGAGAAGCAAGGACAGAAUCUGACCAAAGUUCCCUUUAAGGACACCUUCUGGAAGGGCACAACUCGAACACGGCCACGCAAUGGUACACUAAACAAACAUGCCGGCAUAGAUUACAAGCAGCUCUCAUUUCUAUCCAAGAUCAAUGAAAAUCACUCAGGAGAGUUGUGGAAGGGCCGCUGGCAAGGAACAGAAAUUGUGGUCAAGGUGCUUCAUGUUCGGGACUGGACCACCAGAAAGAGUCGGGAUUUUAAUGAGGAAUACCCCAAACUGAGAAUUUUCUCCCAUCCCAACGUCUUGCCCAUGUUGGGUGGGUGUCAGUCACCUCCUGCUCCUCACCCCGUCAUCAUUACACACUGGAUGCCCUAUGGUUCCCUUUACAACGUGCUUCAUGAGGGCACCAACUUUGUGGUGGAUCAGAUGCAGGCGGUGAAGUUUGCUCUGGAUAUUGCCUGCGGGAUGGCCUUCCUUCACACACUGGAGCCCAUGAUCCCACGUCACUAUCUCAACAGCAAGAGUGUCAUGAUAGAUGAGGACAUGACGGCCAGGAUAAGCAUGGCAGAUGUGAAGUUCUCUUUUCAGUGUCCAGGCAGGAUGUAUUCUCCAGCAUGGAUGGCCCCUGAAGCUCUGCAGAAGAAGCCUGAGGAAAUUAACCGCCGUUCUGCAGACAUGUGGAGCUUUGCUGUGCUGCUCUGGGAACUGGUCACCAGAGAGGUACCAUUUGCUGAUCUCUCCAACAUGGAGAUUGGCAUGAAGGUGGCACUAGAGGGUCUGCGUCCCACCAUCCCGCCUGGCAUCUCGCCCCACAUUUGCAAACUUAUGAGGAUCUGCAUGAAUGAGGAUCCUGCCAAGAGGCCAAAAUUCGACAUGAUCGUGCCCAUCCUGGAGAAGAUGCAAGACAAAUAAAGAGUCCUGACUGUUCUCUCUACACUCUCCACUGCAGCUCCCCUGCGCAUCAACAACCUUCCCACCUUCUUCAUAUGCUGACUGCACCAGUAUUGCCUUAAGCCCGCCAUUCACCAAAGUGCUCUGUGUCACUGCAUCCUUUCAGCAAUGAAAAGCAUGUUUGUACUUUGUACGCAAUGGACUGUUGAGUGUUAUCCUUGCCAUCUCUUGUACUGUUCUUUUGUGAUACACAAUCAGUUGAUAAUUGUGUAUGUCUGUCUGUAAGUAUGUCUGCUCUGUGUAAGGGGUUUAUGGAGAUAGAUAUGGAAUUAUUUAAAUGCCUCUUAAUAGCCAUAAAUCAACGUGUCUGUGAUGAGGAGCAUGUGACACAGUGAAUGUACUGUAACAACUCAAAUAUACCAUCUAACCACUAGUCUCUUCAUUUCAUUGUUCAUCAUCACUGUCCUUCGUGGGGGCCAUAUUUAACCAUUAUUCACUGUGCUCGUGAAGCCGUUCUCGAAACAAUCUUGUUUAAGCCUUGCGAUGUACGUUUCUUAAUCUUUUGUGGCAAACGGAGUAUUAUGGAGUAACUCCAUGCAAGGGAAUUAUAUAUGCAAUGAAUAUAAGUAUUUGAUCUAAUGUACCAUGUUAGCCUUGUUCACCCCUUUUUAGCAGUCAUUUAUUAAUUUUAAUGUUUGAGUGUGCGCAAAAAAAAGGGUUUCCUGCCAAGACUUGUAACAUGCAAUAGCUAAGGCUGAUUUCAUGCCUCAUUAAGCACCUAGUAACCAAAUAGUGAACUGCUCAAAGCAUUAUGGCGGAAUUCUAUAAUGUAUGACUGCGUUUAUUUUUUAGCUAGGAUUUCCUGUCAUUUCUUGUUUUGUUUUGGUCAAGGCCAGGAGAAAAGUAGCGUUUUUCUGCUAUGCAUGACUUUGCUUUAUUUCAUUAACUAAUGUUUCUAUUCUAUCUAAUCUAAUCUUCAUUGUCCAUGUUGUGUGGUGAAAAGUACCGUUCUAAACAAUUUUAUACUGUCUGUAUACAUAUGUGUAUUUUUCAUCUGCUAACCCAUGACUGCUUUAUGAAUCUCUGCCAACACUACAUCUAUACACUAGCGCCACGUUUUCUGUUUUCAUUGUCCAGUGUGAGCUUCUCAGUGUUUAAAAAGAGCCAGAGAGAGAGAAAUGAUCAUAGAUUUCCUGUAUCACAUUUAAAUACAGUAUAUAAGAUCAGUAACAGAUUUUUUUUUUCUACUCUAGCUUUAAGUAAACCACAGCUCUGGAGGAAGAGAUCUUUAUCGUUUAAAUUAUCUCACUAGUUCUUUGAUUCCAGCUAAUAUUUUGAAUAAACUUUUGUGGCCAUUUGUUUCUUAUUUUGAAAAUAUGGGCUGUUUAUAUAUUUUUUCAUGUUAACAGAAGUUUACAACUGAACAGAAAACAAAUAAAGAACAAAUAAAGUGCUUUGGCCUUGCUUAA